AUAUAGAACCCUGUGGGCAGGGUCUGCUCCUCCUGUUCGUCCGCCGCCGAUGCCGCCCCCCGUCCGUCCGCCGGGAGCUCAUAUCCCCAUCCCACCCACCAUUCCAUCGCUCAAGACCUAGCGUCGACAACCUCUCCUUGAUUUCCGUUCUGUUCAAGAGAGGAACGGAUGGAUUCUUGCUCCGUCAGACCGGAGCUGCAUCUCGUCUGAUCUGAACAAAACUGUUGCCACUGUGCUCUGUGCAGGGGCAAGGCUCGAUGAUUUGUGAUCGAUGGGAGAGAUGCUGCCGAGGGAUCUGCCGUGUUUGCCAUCAGUGAUGGGGGAGCCCGCUAUUGUUGUACCCACGAGGCGGCCUCACGUUUGAUGCUCUCGCACUUCUUAGGCGGCCGCAAGGUGUUCGCGGGAAUGCCUCUCAAGUCCUCCACUCCUUUCCAGGCACCAUGCUCAAAUUGGAGGAUGUAGUCGAGUAGGCCAUUGCCUCUCAUUGAGAUUCUGAACUGACAAGGAUCGUGCAUUCCCAAUUUGCCAUGCCGAGGUGCGGACUUGCAUCAAUUCCAGUCCCAAGUGCACAGUCUAGAGGAAAGCAUGUCCGUGAUUAUCAUGAUCAGAGGACGGUGAUUCACGCACCAGAUUCCCCAGGCUAUUUUGGGGCAUUUCUGAUGCUGCACCAGUUUUCGUUGCUCUGUUUGAGGUGUAAAUUUCUGCAUCAUUUCAUUGUCGCAUCAUUUCCUUGGGUCCUAGAUGAUCACUGAGCUAAGGAUAAAUGCAGACGGUUGCAAAUAUUGUUCAGCUGUCAUAUGAAAGCUGAGCUUCCAAAUUCACAUCAUUCUUAUAUUCUAAUCAGAACACUAUGCGUGUUGACAUUCUUGCAUUCAGACAUGAUGGUUACUCGAUUGAAAAUGAUGGAUGCAUUUUCUUGUACGCGACCGAAGCUACCUGAUCUGUGGUUUCUUAACAUGAGAACCAAAAAAAAUGGGCUCCAUUGUUAAUCCACUUUUUUAUGGCAUGUCACCUUCCGUGUGAAUAAUCAAUACUCCAGAAUCAAAGAUCGAAUCAAUUGUCCAACUGAUGCUGCUGGGAACCAGCGAUGUCUUUAUCAUUUUACGUAGUGGCAGUUGAGAUAUCAAUGUCCAACUCAUCAGAAAUGGAACACGCCAGGAAAUGAAAUACCUAAUGGUUUAAAUGUUUCCGGUGGGCUGGCUCUGGAGACCACCACCAGCAGCAAGUCUUUGUUUUUAAAAUUGUGAACUGGAGUAGAUGGUCACCACGGUCAGGCUUUAUUAUGAAUGUUCAACUUCUCAUAAUAGAACAUGCAUUAGUUAUACAGAUUGUCUGAGUAGAUUGAAGGAUCAUCAAAGUAAAGCUAAGGACAGCCCAUAAGAGGAGGAAAAGUAAGGUAAGAGAUGGAGCUGUUGGGGCAGGCUGCCAACAUAACACAACUGCUCGGGGUGGACUUAUUUGGGCUGAUCAGCAUGAUCGAGAAGGCUGCACGGACAGUCUGCCGGAAUGAGGAGGCGUGCAGACAGAUAUCUGACCGUGCUUCUAUGAUCAGGGAUCGGCUGCAAGAGUUACAGCAAGUCUCAAGAUUUUUUGAGCACCCAGAGAUGUGGAAGCCGACACAGGGACUUAAGGCCACCCUUGGCAGAGCAUACAGGCUCAUCAUAGACUGUCAGCAUAGCAGCUACACAUACAAAUUCUGCUGGGGUUCUGAUAUUGCUGAUGAGUUACAAUCGGUGCUGAAUGAUAUGGAUGCCUGGAAUCAGCAUCUGACCAAUGUCAAAGUGGACAUCCUGUUCACUGCAUUCACAGUUAUUGUCGCACGGUACUUGCAUGGGAACAGAAAUACCAUCAAGCAGGAUGGUGCUCAUAUACCUCCUGCGGGGUCAUCUUCUAGUCACUUGAACAACAAUGACAGGGGAACAUUGAUUGGUGAUUUAGUACAGUUUCAACUGCUAGCAGAGCCUCAAAUAUCUACGGUAGAAGGGUACUUGCCGGCAGAUACCAUUGAAGAAUUUUCAAUAAAGAACCAAAUAUCCAGGUGCUGCUGUUGGUGUCCCAGCAUUUGCUACAGAAGAACAGGUCUUACAAAGUUUAGUUUCUCUCAGUUGGCGCAAGUGACAAAUCACUUCUCACUGCACAAUAACAUCGGAUUCGGUGGCUCUAGCUAUGUUUACAAGGGCCAACUAAAAUCAGGAGUUGAGAUCGCAGUCAAAAGAGCAUCAUAUGAAGGGAAAAUUCCAUUUGAACAUUUUAAAAAUGAAAUUGAGCUAAUUCCGAAGCUUCAGCAUACAAAUAUAGUUAAGCUUCUAGGGUAUUGUAUCCAAAAGAGGGAGAGAAUCUUGGUAUUCGAGUAUAUGCCAAACGGAAGCUUGGAUUCCUUCAUAUAUGGUGAGAGAUCAAGGGAGGCACUGGAGUGGCCUAAGCGCCAUCAAAUAAUCAAAGGGAUAGCUCAGGGAGCUAAAUAUCUGCACCAACAAUGCGAGCCAUGCAUUAUUCAUGGGGAUUUAAAGCCAGGCAACAUACUCUUGGACUCUGAAUUCAACCCUAAGAUUUGCGACUUUGGGACAUCUAAAGCACUAAAGCCAGGUGCAGAUGAGGACUGCACUGGCCUUAUAACAGGCUCACGUGGGUUCAUUGCACCUGAAUAUAUUGGACGAGGCUGUUUAUCCAUAAAGUCUGAUGUGUACAGCUUUGGAGUCACUCUUCUUCAGAUCAUUAGCAGGAAGAGGUUCCCUCCACCUCCACUAGCACUAUCAGCUGAAUCACGUGACUAUGGGCCUCUUAAUAAGUGGGCGUGGGACUUGUGCGUAGCAGGAGGGCUCCUGGAGUUCAUUGAUCCAAUGCUGCAUGGAGAGCCACAAAAUGCCGAGAUAAUUAGAUGCGUUCAGAUAGCAUUGUUGUGUGUUCAGGAGGACCCAGAGGAGCGACCGAGCAUGUCGGAUGUUCUUCUAAUGCUGAGCUCUGAUAACAACAUCCAGAAACAACCCAAUCGACCUGCUUACUACUGAAAGAGAGAUUUCAUAUGCUGGUUAAGCUCAAGCUGGAGACUCACAAACUGAGCUCAAAACCUAGCCAAAGUGAAAUAUAAUGUUGGGAUGCAUGUAUUCUCCUAUGGCAGAUGCUACAGAGCCAUGAUGACUAUAUUAUCUCCAAAAAAAACAUUUUGAUGUGAAUUUUGGCUUCGUUUGGUAUUGUUCUGUAUUAUGUGGCGUUGCUUCACAUUAGAAAAAGAAAAGAACUCUCAAGAUAUGCUCUACGAAA